CAGGGAUGGGGAUGAGGGGGUCCCCGCGGUGCCGGCAGCGGGCCCCGCGCUGCGAGAAGGACGUUGAGGCGCUGGAGCGUGUCCAGAGAACAGCAACGAAACUGGGGAAGGGGCUGGAGAACAGGUUGUUGCUGACAGUGAAAGACUUUCUCUCAAAGCUGUUUAAAUGAGAAUGUCCCUGGCGCAAAGAGUACUACUGACAUGGCUUUUCACGUUACUCUUCCUGAUCAUGCUGGUGCUAAAGCUGGAUGAGAAAGCACCGUGGAACUGGUUCCUCAUUUUUAUUCCAGUCUGGAUAUUUGACACAAUUCUUCUAGUUAUGUUAGUUGUAAAAAUGGCUGGACGUUGCAAGUCUGGCUUUGACCCUCGCAAUGGCUCCCAAAACAUCAAGAAAAAAGCCUGGUAUCUCAUUGCAAUGCUGCUGAAGUUAGCCUUCUGCCUUGCUCUCUGUGCUAAACUGCAAGGAUUUACUACGAUGAAACUAGCCUAUGUAUUUAUCCCUUUGUGGGCCUUGCUUAUUGGAGGUAUGAUUGAACUUGGAUACAAUAUCUUCUAUGUACGAAGAGACUAAGCUGUACUACGUGGUUUUCAGCACUGAGGUUGGUACCAAAUCAUUGGAUUAUUAUAGUUUUGCCACAACCUUGAUCUCCAAAUUAGAAUGCCAAAUAAGAAAUCAGUCCAUCAGGAGACUUUAUCUAAACCAGGCUGAAGACUGAAAGCAGACUGGUUCCAUUUUUUUAUUUUGAAACUGUCACAUAUGCUGUUGUAAAUAAAAGUAUUUGUUCAACAUAACCUGUUCCAAUACGAUUGUUAUUUGUUACGCAGAAUAAGAUACAGGCUCUUAACAUGCAGGUAGAAGAUCUCAAAGGCACCACAAUGUUCUGCCCCAAAACACUUAGCACAUGGGAUAAUCCCUGGAAAGAGGACUGAAGUUUUCCACUGCUUAUGCUGUCACUCAAGAUAUAACCAGUUAACAGUAAUUUCUGUGAUGUGCUAAGUUUGCUUUCAGAAUCUGUAACAACUGAUAGCUGCCAAGUAACAGCAAGUAAGGAAUAAAGUGUCUGAGCAUUUUCUUUGUGACAGAAAGUCCACUUCCAGUCUGAAAGACUAAAAAUAAGCACUUUACUGUUUCAGCAGCUUAAAUCAACAACCAGUAUGUCUACCUAGGGGAAGAAAAAGGUAGUAGCUGAACUGUCCCAGUAGCCCAGGAUCCAGAGAAGAGGAAGACUAUGGUGAUUACCUUCCCAAGCAAGAAAUCUCCAGCACUGUAAAAUACUGAAGCUACAAGGAGAGUUCUGUAAGAGUGGUCUAGGGACACUAUUAAUGUGUGUGCUGAAGAUACCGAUCCAUUUACUUCCUAGGUACUAAAGAACCAGUGCCCACCAGGAAUAGUUCUUUGUAGGAGGAGUAUCUAUUCCCUACCUCUUUCUGAAAAAUACUUAAAAGAAAGGGCCUUGCUCUGUGUUCGAGAGACUUUUUGCCCACUCAUACAAGGUUCCAGUAAGGAACUGGCCUCCAUCACCAUCUUUGUCAUUUUUCAAGUUAAAAUAGCAGUUGUUAGGAUGAGCUGCGGGGACUGGGGGGGGGAGAGUGUUCACCUCCUUAUAAGCUCUCAGCCAAAUACAGGAAAUGCAAAAGCAAGCGCACACAUAUACAUGUUACACAUAAGUGUGUGUGUGAUACACGGUACAGAGAACAUACUCAAUUUGUAUCUGCAGUUCUGCUGAGGGUCACCAAGCUGUAGGGAGCCAUAUUCCAUGUAUCGCCCAUGGAAGGCAAGCUGGAGCUCACAUGAGAUUUUCAUUGAAUGCUUCAAAAAUUUAUGGAGAAAAAGAGUAGCUGAAGAUCUACCUCCAAUUAAGGAAAACGUGUGUGAAACACUUAACAAACAUUGCUGCAAAUGCAUAACAAGCAUUUAAGCACUCUAGACAAGUCAAAUACACACACACACGUAUGUCUGGUAUGUUCUGGCACCAAGCAUAGAAAUGAGCCACCCAGUCUUUCCUCCUCCAACAGUUAUCAUGAGAUAGAAAGCAAAAAAGCCCUGUUCACACAAUUCCCCCCAAAAUAAUCCUUAAUGCUCAGAAAAGCAGAGCAGCUUUACUCCCUCAAGCUGGUGAUGUUAACAGAUCACACAACAAAUGACAGAAGAAUAAGAACACGUCUCAUUAGGACUUGGUAUGUUAUUAGCAAAAUGAGCCACAAUGGUGACUCUGCCCCCUUAAUAAACCCUUUCCAUUCCACAGAUGUAACAAUUAUCUGAAAGUUUGGCAUCUCUAAUUUCAAUAAAUUGAACAGUUGUUCCAAAUCUUUUAAUUGCUGCCUCUAAUUCAACAGAAAAAUACCAACAAUUGCAGUGCUUGGGUUGGGAUUGGGAUUUUUUUCCCCCCUCUUUUGCAAGGUUUAUAAACCUUGAAAUAAAUGACAGGGAUUAUGAAAGCUGAAGCAGACUCUUCUGGUCUUCUCCAGAAGUCAUACACAAGCUGACUUCUUCCUUCAGAACAAGAUGUUCUUAAGACACAACCAUGUGGAAGCACUCAUGGUUGUUUGCACGUUCCUUGGCCAUACAGAGCUACAGUGCUCAGCUAUCACAGCGAUUUCCAAUUACCCCAUUGCCAAAGGCACUGUUCACCGCUUUGAGAUGGAACCAGUUCUCCUUGCAACUUCUGUUAAAUUUACAGAUGGAUCUUCAUUAAGUAGAAGAAAAUGAGCACAAAGCAGAUGUGAUGAAGUUGGCAGGGCAAAGGGGAAGCUACUGCUGACACGGCUUAUAGCGAUUCGGGAGAACAGGACAGAAAGAGAUGACUGCCCCAGUGCCCUAGAGGACACCUGGCCACGGGUGGCUGCAGCAGCUGCCACGGGGCCUGCAGGAGAGAACUCUGCCUUCAGCAGCUUUGUUUUAAAAUGCAAUUCAAAAACUUGCUGUUCCAAAAUGAAACUGGAAGUACUUAUUAUGUAUUGAUGAUAUAUAUUUAUACAUAAUAUGUAUUGGUAAUUUAUACGGAGAUAAAUAUUCUACAUAAUUUAUUUAUCUUCAGAUCAUUUAUACAAGUUUGAACACAUCAGCAUGCAUUAUCAGUACCUAUUUUUGUCUGAUUAAAGAAAAUACUCAAUGCAGUUGUGUAAAGGUCAUGAAACUAAAACAUUCUAUUACCUGUUCAUACUGCUGUUCUUGCUUUAUCACCAUUUUAGAAUAGCAUCCAGUUUUCUGUUCUUUUUAAUACUUGAAAAACACAAUUGUGUGACAUAUGCCUCCCCCACCUUCAACUACCUUUAACCCAAGUGCUCUAAGAGCGUGUGUACAUCUACCUAAACUGCACUGCUAGACCAGGCGACAUGAUUAAAAACCAGGCUGCCACAGGACUACGCUACACAACGAUUUCAAGGAUGGAUGCGGUAUUUUUCUGACAUACAUGCACAGCAGUAAAGAAACAAAACGUUCGAGUAGCCCCAUGGCAAUUGUCACAUUCGCCCAGUGUAGAAGUUGGGUGAAAUAAAGGUAUUGACAAAAGUGAAAUUUACGAGACUCAGGAACUCCUGUAACAACAGCAGGCCUCACCGCUUUUAACAGCACUGUAUCUUGCAAACAAAUAACAUCGCUCUUCAGCAGUAAAGCUCCAGAACAACUGCAUCCUCAGAAACAAGCUCUUUGACUUUAUUAGCACUGAAAGCAGAGCACUAUCAUGGAACACAUCACACCUUUUUUUUAAUUAAGAUUCACGUAAAAAAUAACUAUGCUGAGUUGGAAAAAGAGUGUUUGUACCUUUCCAUUGUACCUUUAUUGUUUUAAGGCUUGGCUGGAGUUCAUCUCCAUGUGAACCUUUCAGGCCCAGGUAGCAACUUGCUGCUGAAGAGCAUCAGGCUUUUUGGACUAAGGUGAUUUAAGGAAUCACUGCCGUGAGACCACUAGAGUACUCUUCCACAGUGAUUCAACAAUUUCUCGUUGUACUGGAGUUGGGAAAAGGGUAGAAAAAUCCGGUACUGAGUUAGGCUAUUUCAUUCACUUUGCCUUUUCUGACCUACCAACCUCAGAGGCAGGCAAAGGCAAGAAAAGUCUUCAUAGAGUGCAGAAUGACAGUGUAAGAGCAAGAAACGGGGAAAUGAGAACCCAAGCUUCGUUUUUCUGUGUUAGUAUUUGUCUCCGUGUUCCUUUUGAAGUUUAUAAAGAAAUAACUGCUAAAAGAUGUUUAACAAAAGCUCUCAACUGCAUGGAUUAGACAGACAAGUACCUGAGUGUUACUGCAUGCUGCUUUAGCAGUCUUGACUUACGUUACACCCGUGCACUGGUCUAAAUCUGAAAGUUUUCUUCCUUUCAAGACACUUGGGGAAGAGCUUUCUCAGCCAACUGCCCCUACUUGGUCUCAAUACAAACAGAUUAAAAACUACCAUAAAAAGCAGAGUCAUUCAAACCCCAGUCUAAGCUCUACCAAACGCUGUGCUUCCAUUAACAUGAGCCAGAAAUUAUUUGGUAAAAAAAAAGUAAGUAUCAAAAACAGUUAUUGAAAAAUAAAACUUGAUAAAAAUAGAAGUUUAAACUGCUGUUUUAAUCAAUGUUUGUAUCAGAUUAUCAUAACUGUACACCAAAUAUUAAAGGACUAUUUAGGACUACUGCCUACAUCAGUAGGCUCAUCUAUCAGCAUGACCAGAACACGAGAAGAUCAAUGUUUAGCUGGCACUCAAGCACAGCACAGCUCCAAAGCAGAGGAAAUAUUAGCAUAUAUCGCACAGAGAAAAACAGUGGUUAGAAUAUAAUACACUAAUUCUGCAAAGUCAGUAUCCCUGAUGAUUCUAAUAGAAAUAGCAACCUAGAUACUGUGAAGUUAAUCACUGCUUCAGACCAGAACACAAAAUAAUCUGCACUUCUAAGAAAAAUGAAAUGAGUGACUGAUGGGAAGCACAGUUUCCCAAAUUUUCCCAUGUAUACCACAAAUUCAGUGGGAUCUGCACAAAAUACCAGUAUCGCCUAUUACAGUUUUUAAAGUGCAUUUCAUCCAUUUGAAAUAGCAAUAAAACAUCAGGUGAACACAGUGACUCACAAUCAAAGAAAACAUUCUCAACAGCGUCAUUCACAGCGAAGCACAGAUCAGUGACAGUUUGUCCUUUCCAAUUCCAACGUGUAUACAUUCACAGUACGGUAAGAGGCGCUGGUCUGCCCAAAGACAAAGUUCUCUGAAUAUCUGACCUCUAGAAAAAACGAAUACAGUUACACUUGAGAAGUUCUUUUAUCUCUUUAUCGGAAUCAGUACAGUUUCAUCCUAGCCAGGUCAGGUGGUCAUCUACCAUCUCACAACAGUUCAUUUUGCCAAUGAGCAUAGAGAAAACAUGGGUUUAUUUCAAUCAAUUCAGCUUCCUUAUUCAUAUGCAAAUACGAGAAAACAGUGAGUUUGAUCAAUGAAUACCAGUCCUGUGUUUCUUGGAAGACUUAUUCAAUUUUCCACGCCUAUAACGUUCAGAUCUGUUUCACAGCAUACUACUAUUUUAUGUUUCCAUCUCCUAUAUGAUUUGCAAUGUCAACUUAGUUACUGUGCACAUGUAUAUCUGCUUAAAAAUCAAUUUUAUUUAUCACAAAGGAAUUCUUUCACAGAUGAAUACUUAAAUCAUCACCCUCUGAAAUAAUACUUUAUUUCUAAUACUAGAUAGAAUUAAUAUUUCAGUUGAAGAAGUAUUGAAAUAUUCACUAUAGUAACAAGGAAGGGGAAAUCUGCAUGCCAGCAGUACCUGUAAUGAAAAUGCUGCUUCAGAGUCAAUUUGCAGGCAUAAGAGGGCUGGGGGAUGACACAACACCGAGUAACACUUGUCUGUAACACAUGAAGUCAGUUGCCAGUGAAAUGCAAAAGAUCCAAUAAUUCAAAAAACCAAAAGCAGCCACAGUCUUGAAAGCUACUGGUAGCAACAGUAACAAUGCAAUUGUUUGCUACCCACAAAUAUGGUACCGAUAUCUAGGAAAACAUGUCUAAAAGUUCCGCACAUCGUGUUAUUAACUGGAACACCACUGCAAAUGCACAGAUGUCAACACCAUUGCAGCACAGGCAAUAGGCCCAAGCAGAUUUUCCAAUCUGCAGAAGAACAAGGGCCAAGAGAGACAACUGAACCACUGGGGAUUUCAGCUGAAAUGACAGAUUAUAUAUAACUGAAAUCCAGGGGGGCGGCGGCGGGGAAAGCAAUAAGCAAAGACUAGUUUCCACACAUCAGAAGGCAUGAGAGAUUUAUUGCUGAAGCAAAAGUCUGAAUAGGAAGUUGUACGCAGCAGGAGGAAAGGUCACAUAGGAGCACUUGAAACCAAAAGCAAGACCUUUGUCAGGCUAACGAACAAUUUGGAAGCUGAGAUUCUCAGAAAAAGUACUCCUCUCGCAAUGAGCAACCACGUCAAAACGAACACACCACAGGUCAAGGACAAAAAUGUCAUCUUUUGUUUUUUGAAGCACAGUAAGAAGCACGCACUAAUGCAGCCCGUCCGCCCAGCCUGUGUAUGCCUCUGAAUACAAAGGCUGUUCUGACAGCCACUGGCAAUCCUGGGAUUGCUCAUACCCUGUCUGCAAGGAAUCCUAUCUAAAAAAAGAGCAUCUAAUAAAAAAGAAAAGAUGCAUAAAAGCUGCAAAAACUGCCAUUUUUUUUUUUCAUCUCCUAGAAUUUUGGAAGUGACAAAAAAAGAAAAAAUGGGUUGAAGAUGUUGAAGAUGUAGGCAGUUUAGAAUCAAAACUUGAGAACCAAGACCUACCCAAGCAGAAAUCUUAGGUGGUAUCAGCCGAGACCCUCAAGAAGGUCUCUCUUCGGCUCUUACAUGUAAAGUCACAUGUCAAAAAAAAAAAAAAAAAAAGAAAAAAGUGUAGUUGAACCAGAAUGAAUGAUCAGCACAUGGAUCACCAGAACACGCAUAAAUUGGGUUUGGGGGUUGUUAUUUAAAGUAAACUAAAUAGUUGGAGUUGUUUUUUUUAAACACAACACCUGGCAAGGCUGGCUUUGAUAAAGCUGGAACUUUCUGCCAACCCACUUGGAAAGCUGCAUGCCUGGGGCAAACUACAACCUGCAGCUCUUCCUUUUUACUGCUCUCCAACAGCUGGCACAGAGAAUGGGAAUGGAAGGCUACAUAAUCCUGUAUGGAUGUUCAUAAAGCCAGAGAGAUUAGGGGUGGAAGUUUCCAGAUAAUCCAGAAAACACAAAGAGAGCUGAGACCACAUUUCUACCAGGAAGGCUCAAAUUCUUACAUGAACCAAUCAGUCUUUCAUAUCAGAAUCUGCUGGAGUAAUAACUUACCACGUCACACAUGAAUCAUUUGCUCGUGGCUGAGGGGAAAUCAAGAUCCCUGAGGCUGCAAUACUGGCAGUAAUCUCUUAGCCAGCAUGAAAGGAAAUAGCAGUAAGACUUGAGGAUGUAUUAGCCACAUCCAAGAGAUUUACGUUUCUAUUGCUUCUCUAAUACAUAAUUAUGGCUAUGUCAGAGCAAUGUUUAGAAAUUCAAAUAUUGAUUUAAUUACUAAUUCCUUGACAUUUUAAAUUUAAACACAUCAGGGCACUCAUCUGUUAAAUGGCUGGUUUUAGUGCCGGGCCUAAGCAUGCAGUAACAUUUUGAAUUUUAAAAACCAAUGAACAAAAAACAUUUGCAACCAAAGGGCCUCAGGCAGUUGCAUUCAACAUCACCGGAAAUCACAUUGUUCUAUUGCUACGAAUAAAGCCAGAGCGAUCACUAAGUGCAUCAAAGGCUAUAAACUGGGUACAUAAAGAUGUACAACUUUCAGAAAGUUAAAGGGAAGAAAAUCAGAAAUACAGAGGACUUCGGAAAUAACAACAGGCCUAGGAUCCUAAAUCUUAAACACUCUGAUGAAGGAAAGGAUGUGGGGCUGUUAACUGCUAUUUGUAGCUACCUGAAAAAGAAGUAUCACUCAGAUGUUUUUGAACUAUACAGUUAAUAUGUUACACACAGAAUUAAAUAAGUUAAAUGACAGAGUUUUGCCAAUACUGCAUGAGAUGUAGCUAGCCUUGAAAUCCUCUUCCCUCAGAACAUGACUUAAGAGAACUCAAGCAUUCCACAGGUGGGGAGAGAGAACAGUUAAUUUGAAGACCACUAUUACUUUCUUAAUGAAACAACUCUUGCUUCCAACCUGGGACUUGUGAGGAAUCUUCCUACUAGACACACUGGCGAGCUGAGGCCUUUACAGCUUGCUAAGUAAACCUUUAAAUGUCCUCAUUUUUCAUUUUAGUCAGAGAACUGAUUUAGGUUGAGGAAGGUGGUGGGUUUUAUUUUUUUAAUGGGAAAUGGAACUGUCUUAACUGUGGCUUGAGCAGGAGGAAGAGGCCAGCACAGAAGGGAGUUUGCUCCAGCUCAUCGAGAGAUGCACACAGGUACCGGUAGUGCUCCUGGAGCCCACCAGGCGUCCAGCUGCCCUCUGCAGCAGGGGAAGGCUUGCCUCUCUGUUCCACACUAACAUCUGACAGCAGGAGUUUGCGGAGUGCCUUUACUGAGCAACUGUAAGGAACCCUGUGCAGAGAGGCCUGAUCUGACAUUCUGACUCAUCUUGAUUUACAAAGAAUGCCUCAGCUCUACCUCAAUUUGCUACAGCACCUCACCCCGCGAUGGCGUAAGGGCAUCCUAUGCAUUAGUGCAGGUAGAAACAUAACCCUUUAGAGAGGCAGUUUAACUGAAUUAUUUUUUGCAGACCCAAAAAUAAAACCAAUCUGUUAUUAUGAACCUUUAUUAAGCGGCUCACAUUUCAGUAUAAAUCACACUAAAAAGAUUUUUAAAAAAGAUAUUUACACUACAGUGCUGACACAUUUAAAAUGAAAAAAUCGGUAUAAAUAAGCUCUAUGGAAAAGCCUGGAAUUGUCAAAAAGAAUUCUGGCUCAUCUUACAAAAAAUAUAUAUGUUAAAUGUCAGCUCUACUCUAAAACCUACAACUCAAAAUUAUUUAAAGACUUCUUUAUGUUAAACCUGCAGUGUUUACAGUGCAUCUGGCCCUAAGUGCUUUGAUACUUCACAGUUAUGGACAGGCACUGAGGAAUGUUACAAAGCUACAUAAC